GUGCAGCCAAGUUGUGCAAGCACACAGUCAGCGUGUGUUCUCCAUCUCUCUCUCUCUUCUCCUCCUCCUCUCUGCCAGAGUUUCACCUGAAGAUAUGAACACUGGAAUCUGUGUGUGCGUGUUGCUGGCUGCCCUCUCCACCAGCAGCUGCCUUUCUCUCCCGACACAGUCAGAGGAUGGAGUUCAGUCUGAUCUGGGGACCAUAUCGAAACACACACGCCACACCCGUGCAGCGCCGUCCAGUGGACAACUGAGGCUUCUGUCGAAACAAGAGGAUGAUGAAGAACCCCGCAGCAGCUUGACUGAACUACUGGCCAGAAUCAUCUCCACCAAAGGUACAUACCGCAGAAGUCCCUCUCCGAAUAGCAGGUCCAUGGGCUCCACUCACAGAAUAAAGGACAGAGAUUACCUGGGAUGGAUGGAUUUUGGCCGACGGAGCGCAGAAGAGUACGAAUACUCCUCAUAAGACCCAUUCAACCACUGACAUGAAAAAACCUCAUCUGUACAGAGUCACUCAUUUUAAUGUCAAUCAAUCACAGUCUGAGCUCGGUCUGAUGUAAAUUUGUUUGUACAAUGGAGAUGAUGCAAUAUAUCAAUACCGUCCAUCUACAUACAUUUAUUUUGCAGAAAAAAAAAAACAGAGUGAGAAUGUAGUCUCUACUGCUUUUAUUCUCUUAACUUAUGUAUGAUUUUGUCCUCAGACAUAUCACAGAUGUCUAUGAAUAAAUCAUUGCCU